AUGUCUAUGAUUUCAGCUUUCUAUGGCAGCAAGUCCAUUCUCAUCACGGGAGCCACAGGCUUCCUGGGCAAAGUGUUGAUGGAGAAGCUGUUUCGCACCAGCCCUGACCUGAAAGUCAUUUACAUCCUUGUGAGACCCAAGGCUGGCCAGACCCCACAGCAAAGAGUUUUGCAGAUUUUAAAUAGUAAGCUGUUUGAAAAAGUCAAAGAAGUUUGCCCCAAUGUGCACAAGAAGAUCAGGGCUAUUUAUGCAGACCUCGAUCAGAAUGACUUAGCCAUUAGCAAGGAGGACAUGCAGGAGCUUCUCUCCUAUACAAACAUUAUCUUCCAUUGUGCUGCGACAGUGCGCUUUGAUGACCAUCUGAGACAUGCCAUGCAACUUAACGUCUCUGCUACCCAGCAGCUCUUGCUUAUGGCCAAUCAGAUGACAAAGCUUGAAGCUUUUGUCCAUAUAUCUACUGCCUAUGCAAAUUGUAACCUGAAGUAUAUCGAUGAAGUGAUCUACUCAUGCCCUGUGGAGCCAAAAAAAAUCAUGGAUUCCAUGGAGUGGUUAGAUGACUCCAUUAUUGAAGACAUCACACCUAAGCUGAUCGGGGAUCGGCCCAAUACUUACAUAUACACCAAGGCUUUGGCAGAGAUGGUGGUGCAAAAAGAGAGUGGAAAUCUGAAUAUGGCCAUCAUAAGGCCCUCCAUUGUGGGAGCAACCUGGCAGGAGCCUUUCCCAGGUUGGAUUGAUAACAUAAAUGGACCUACCGGGCUUAUUAUUGCUGCUGGGAAAGGCUUUCUUCGGGCCUUAAGAGCUACGCCCAUGGCUGUAGCAGACUUAGUUCCCGUUGAUAUCGUUGUCAAUCUCACCCUGGCAGUAGGAUGGUACACUGCAGUUCAAAGACCUAAAUCUACACUAAUCUACCACUGCACAUCUGGUAACAUUAAUCCCUGUAAUUGGGGUAAAAUGGGCCACAAGCACCUCAUGUGCAUAGUCCCAACCAGUUAUUUGGUGGGAGUAACAGGACCAUGGAUGACAAAGCUCAUGAAUCGGCUUUUAAGAACCCUUUCCAUGCUCGAGUAUUUCAUCAACCGGAGUUGGGACUGGAGUACAUACAAUACAGAAAUGCUCAUGUUUGAGCUUAGUCCUGAAGAUCAGAAAUUAUUCAACUUUGAUGUGCGCCACUUGAACUGGAUGGAAUACAUUGAAAAUUAUGUUUUGGGAAUUAAGAUGUACUUAUUGAAAGAGGAUAUGGCUAAGAUCCCAGAAGCAAAGCAACACUUUAAAAAGCUCAGAAACAUUCACUACCUCUUUAAUACUGCCCUCUUCCUCAUCGUCUGGCGCCUACUCAUUGCAAGAUCUCAGAUAGCUCGGAAUGUCUGGUUCUUCAUUGUGAGCUUCUGUUAUAAAUUCCUCUCCUACUUCAGAGCAUCCAGCACACUCAAUGCCUAA